AUGGUUUCAAGAUUGACAACACUUGUUUGUUUUCUACUUUUAAUUAAUCUUUCUGCUGCUCAUGGCUCAAGAAAUUAUGAGAAUAAUAAAGAUAAAAGAUUUUAUUAUGCUUGUCAAUAUCAAAUGAGAAUGGAAGUAAACUUUUGUGGACCAAGAGAUAGGACAUGCCCUUGCACAAACGAAAACGCAUUGGCCACAGUUGCUGGGUGUAUGUAUAGUAUAAAAAAGACUGCUGAAAAGUAUUUGGAACCAUGGAAAGAAAGCUGCUCUAAUAUGAAUGUAACAUUAGAAGGAGAUUGGUUUGAAAAGGCUGUUGAUUACUACAAAGAAAAUGCAAAAGCAGCUAGCGAAAUCCCAAACUUCAACAGAUCAAGACCAAUUCAAACCCCUUUUAUUUUGAACAAGUCUAGGACAAAGGUGUUUCAAGAGUCCUAUAAGAGAUUCUACAAUAACCUUUAUGAUUCAAUUUACUAUGGAGCUGGGCUUUUAGGUUUUUGGUUAUUGGUAUUACUUUUGGGUGCAAUUUUCAACUGGACAAAAUUUUUAUUCCCAGGACUAACAAAGAAGAUGACCAACCCAGUAAUCAAUUUCUGGAGAGCAAAUGUUUCGUUACCUGCUACUUUCAAAAUGAAGAAGCUGCAAGAGCAACAAUUUUUGAAAAUAUUCAGUUUCUUGAUUCCAUCAAGAUUUGAAUCGUUGGUCGUCUUCUUAUUCUAUUGUGUUACUAUUUGGAUGAAUGCUAUCAACUUGAAGGCUCCCAAGGAGGAUGCGAUGUUUGAAUCCAGGUAUAGAGCAGAAAUGAGAUAUGUUGGUGAUAGGACAGGAAUCACAGCAACUAUGAUGAUGCCAUUGGUGUUUUUAUAUGCUGGAAGAAAUAAUUUCUUACAAUGGUUGGUUGGAUGGAACUACAGUACGUUUGUGGCUUACCACCGUCACACAGCUAGAAUCAUGUUUAUGUUGAUUGUGAUACAUGCAGUUUGCUUUACUAUCGAUUUUGGAAGCUAUUACUCGACUGAAGUUGAGGAGGAUUAUCUUCGUUGGGGUAUUGUUGCUUGUGUUUGUGGUGGAGUUAUUAUGAUCCAAGGUAUGCUUUAUUUGAGAAGAAGAUGGUAUGAAGUGUUUUUGCUUUUCCACAUCUUGUUGGCCGCCUUUUGGACUGCUGGUGCUUGGUACCACGUUAGAGACUUGGGUUACAUCUGGUUAGUUUACCCGGCAGUUGCAGUAUGGGCUUUCGAUAGAGCAGUCAGAAUUGGUCGUUUGAUUGCAUUUGGAUUCCCACAUGCUGAGGUUACUUUGUUAGCUGAUGAGACAUUGAAGGUUGUUGUUCCAAAACCAAGUUACUGGCAUUCAAUUCCAGGUGGUCAUGCAUUUAUUCACUUUAUUAGGCCAACUUACUUUUGGCAAUCACACCCAUUCACAUUCACCGAGUCAGUUGACAACAAAGACAGCAUUGUGUUGUACUGUAAGGUCAAAGGUGGUAUCACUCAUAGUUUGUACCAAUCGUUGGUAAAGGCACCAGGAAGAACCUGCAAAAUUAGAGUCAGUUGUGAAGGUCCAUACGGUGAGCCAACACCUGCCAGAUACUCCGAUACUGCUGUAUUCAUUGCUGGAGGUAACGGUAUUCCAGGUAUCUAUUCUGAGGUCAUCGACGUUGCAACCAAGACCAAGAAUUCUCAAAAUAAAGUAAAACUAAUGUGGGUCGUCAGAGAAUGGAGAUCCUUGUACUGGUUUUAUGAGGAGCUCCUUAACUUGAGAGACACCAAAGUUGAGACAACUAUUUACAUCACUCAACCAUCGUGUCACGUCUUCAUUGACGAGUUUAAUAAUAGAUUCCAAGGAUUGGAAAGAUUGGAGGACGAUCCCGACAGCUUGGAGCGCGAAAAGGAUUACUCAAUCAAUGAAGUGGUUCAAGUUGAAGAAAACUCUAGUGAUGAGAAGCAGGACUCUAUCAAAGAAGUUGCAAAGGUUGAGCAGAAUUCAUAUGAUGAAAAAGGAGGUUCAACACAUAGAAUUGUUGAUAUCGUCAAGAAGGAAUUAUCACAUGUCGCAUUCAAGGAAGGUAGACCUUCCAUCAAAGAGAUUAUUCCACAAGAGAUACACGAGUCCAGUGGGUCAGUCGCAUUCGUUACUUGUGGCCAUUCAGCUAUGGUUGAUGAAAUCCGUUACUUUUGUGCAAAGAAUGUGUCAAACCUGGAAAAAAAAAGAGUUGAUUUUUACGAACAAAUCCAAGUUUGGGCUUAG